AUGUACAACCUCAUGGGGUCAACCGCUGCCCAGUCACUCCCUCAAUCCCUCGCUAAUCCUUCGUUCACCUCAAUGAAUCAGUUUUCGGGUCAAAACAACAUGGCACAGGACAAGCUUACGGCACUGGCACGCGCCCUCGGUCUGAAUCAGCAGGGAAAUAUCCCGGGAAACGAGAUUUCGCAGAAUCAAUUCUCUGCUGCGCAGGCCUUGUCACAAGCGCAACAAUCUCUCAUGCAGAAAGCUCAACAAUCUUCCCCCGACUUUGCGCAAGCACAGCUAGUGCAGCAAAACAUGCUGGCACUGGCACAAUUACAGGCUCAAUCACAACUUCAAAACCAGGGCGGCUUGCUCCAGUCCAUACCGGCAAGUUAUUCGGCGCAGCAGGGUGUCCAAAACAUAAAUGGUGUGCAGGAUCUGAUGAAUCAGCUGAUGCAGAGGCAAGCUGUCGCGCAUGGUGGGACUGGGCAUCAAAGUUUGAUGUCCAUGGCUUUGCAAGGAAUUUUUCAACAGAGCUCACCUCAAAUCCGUAUGCUUCUCCAACUCCAACAACUCCAACAAGCCCAGUACAUGCAGCAGCAGCAGCAGCAGCAAUUGCAAAUGCAACAAAUGCAGCAGCAGUUACAAAUUCCUCAACAAAUGCAGCUUCAGCAAGAGCAACAGAUCCAGCAGUUGUUGCAGAUGCACAUGCAAGCUAGCGCGCAACAAGCACAGCCCGUAACAUUCAAUUUGCAACCGCAGCCGAUGCAGGAGCAAACGCACAUGUCUCUACCUAAUCAAUUUCAAGCGCAUGUUCCUAUCUCAUCAGCUCAACAAGAAUUGCAACCAACGUCUCAGCAGCAGAUGCAUCAGGCCUCCAUGCCCUCACAAUCAGUCAAGUUGAAUGAGAAAGAGCAUAAUAUUCAACAACAGGCGGAGGCUUCAACUGCAAGGAAUCUCACAGACAGUUCGCACAGAGAUACGCAGCAACAGCCUGUCUCCACGGCCUCUUCACAAGAAUCCCAACGCCGGGAUCAAGUUUUUGUGUCAAACGGGAAAUUCAACAUCACGAUGGCCACGUCCGAUGGUGUAACCAAAAGCAAAACAAAUUCAAAUGAGACCCCGAGAGACGAGCUUGAUGAGAGCAAAAGUGGUAAGAAGGAAAAGAAACUUUCGAAACAUUCGAAAGAAAACGACAAGUCGCUAAAUGACAUCAAGUCCGCCAAGGAGAGUUCGGCUCAACGUCCUCCCAAACCUGCCGAGCGGCAACCCUCCAACAGUGUCUCGACUGCAGACGCUGCCAUUAGCGACCGCAAGGGAUCAAGCGAGGGAGAGCACCAAGGCAAGAGCUUGGAAGAAGACAAGCAACCCGUGCAUGACCCAGGCAACAAGUUGGCUGCUCCAUCCAGACACGUCAACGAUGGACUGGCUGCAUUCGUGUCUGCUGGAACGUUGCAGAGCUCCGUAGUUGAUGGCACAGGGAAGGAGGAGGCGAGAAACGGAAGCUUGUCAAGCUUGCCAGAAGAAGCAGCAGAUGGUCAUCAGGAGGAGGCAAAUCGAAAGCGUAAGGAAGAAUCGGAUGCCAAGGAGCAGAAGAAAGCAAAGAAAAUCAAGUUGAAACGUGAGGCGGGCGACAAGGAAGGGCAAGAGGACGGGCAUGACGGAGAGGCGGGUGAGAAGAAGAAGAAGAAGAAGAAGAAAGACAAAGACACCAACGUCAACGCUGCCCAUUCAAACGAAAAGAAAACUGUUGGGGAAGCGGAGGCUGGAGAAAGUGUUGCCGGAAAAGAGGACUUAGCAGCAGAUGGGGGCGGAAGUAUUGCAAAGCAAGAACACAGCGACGAUUCUCGUCAGGAGAGUAAGACCAUCGCGUUCAGGCGGAAAGUGGAGAUAGUAGACGAUGUCGAUGACUGA